AUGAUUAGAGGAGAACGCCUCGCCUUGAUGUUGCCCAGUAAGGCGGUUUUGAGACUCGGCGGGAGUUUUAAACGAUCGGACUUUGAGACAUGGUGGGGAUAUCUAUAUAUCAAAGGAAAUAGAUGCCAUCAAGGACUGAUAAAAAAUGAUAUAUAUAAACUUUCCAUAAACCCUUUUCUCCUUGAAAGACAGGGGGAAUAUGAAAAGGCAAUCGACUCGCACAAAAAGGCUAUCGAAGUCCUCAGCAUGGCUGCGGAGAAAUUCAAAAAGUCUUCGAGUGUGCGCAAGAUUAAUCGCAAGAUGUUCGAACGGCAGGUUGGCCUGCACCGCGAAAGACUGAGCUAUUUGGAGAGUCUCAAGAGCAAAGGCAGCUUUGACGGAAUUAUCUUGCCGCCCACUGCCCUUGACGUCAGCCAGGAGUUACAGAGGGAGGACGAAGAUAACAGCCCUUGGACACUGUCUCAGCUUCAAAAGGCGCUUCACGAGUACAAGAAGCAAGAGGACUCCGCUACCACGGAGCCGCCAUCGCAUCUGAAACCUUUCCUCAAUGCCACAGAUUCCACUAAAAUCCCUUUCUUUGCGCCAACGCUUCUGUCAGCGGCAGAGACAGUGACCUACCGUCUCUCUCAUUCAUCAGAGCUUCUCGAGCUCGGUGUACGCUCGCACUGGUGGCUCGUCAAGGAUUCUACCAACAAGCACACGCUCUAUGCCGUCCAGGCUGUAUGGAGCCAGGAUGUGCCCAUUGUAGAAGCAAUCCUGCGUCGCGCAGGCGAGUUCCUUCCUCAGAUGGGUGGCAUAGGCAUAAGAAUCCGGAAGAUGAAGGAGGUGCCUUUCGUCUGA